GGAGGUCAUCGUGGUACAGUACAUGCUGCAGGGAGAAGGGAGUCGUGACUUACAGCCCUGUAAGUGCUGUGGUCACUUUAAACGCAGGGCGGAGAGCAGAUUUCCGAUCGGCCGUGAAGCGGAUUAACGGCUUCAGUCCAGUCCUACGUCUGCUGCUACAUCAUCUCAGCUGAUCCGGAGAAUUCCCUCCACUGGGAAACACAACAAGCCCUGCCUGUAUGCUCAGAUCAUCGCAGUACCAUGGACUUCAACGUAAAAAAACUGGCUUCUGGUGCAGGGGUCUUCUUCACCCGAGCAGUGCAGUUCACAGAGGAGAAGCUGGGCCAGGCUGAGAAGACAGAGCUGGAUCCCCACUUAGAGAACCUGAUCACUCGGGCCGACUGCACCAAGAACUGGACUGAAAAGAUCUUAAGACAAACCGAGGUGCUGCUGCAGCCCAACCCAAUUGACCACACUGGUGCUCGAAUAGAGGAGUUCAUCUAUGACAAGCUGGAUAAGAAGCUUCCCUCCAGGACGACUAACCCAGAGCUGCUGGGCCAGUACAUGCUGGAAGCUGCCAAUGAAUUUGGUCCAGGGACGCCAUACGGCAGUACCCUGAUCACAGUGGGAGAGUACCAGAAGAGACUGGGAGGAGCCGAGCGCGAGCUUCUCCAAACCUCAGCUGCCGCCUUUCUCACCCCUCUUCGCAACUUCCUGGAAGGAGACUGGAAGACUAUAUCUAAAGAGAGGCGACUUCUGGAGAAUCGACGGCUGGAUCUUGACAUCUGUAAAGCACGCCUGAAAAAAGCCAAGCAGGCAGAAGCCAAAGCAGCGGCUGCACCUGAUUUUCAGGAGACAAGGCCCCGAAAUUAUGUUCUUUCUGCCAGUGCAUCAGCGCUGCAGAGUGGCUGGGAGAGCUGGGAUGUGGAGCCCAGUGGAUCAGAGCAGAUGAAGCUGCUGAGUGAGGAAGUGGACAAAGCUGAGCACGAGCUUCGAGUUGCUCAGACAGAGUUUGAUCGACAAGCUGAGGUCACCAGACUGCUGCUGGAAGGCAUCAGCAGCACACAUCUCAACCACCUGCGUUGUUUGCAGGAUUUUGCAGAGGCUCAGGCCACUUACUACGCCCAGUGUCAUCACUACAUGCAGGACCUUCAGAGAGAGCUCAACAAAUGUGCUAAUUCGGUGAGCACACCCCACCCUGCAGCUGCGGUCUGCCCCGACCCAGACCACCUCUCCUCUGCUUUCCUGUCUGGUCCAUCGUCUCCUGGGGCCACAGUCUCCUCUUUGUCUAGCCAAAGGCCCAGCACGGUGGAUAUGGAGCAGACACAGCACCCUGUCACAGGAUCCAGAAAGGCCAAGGUCCUAUAUGACUACGAUGCCCAUGAUGCCAGCGAACUUUCACUUUUGGCUGAUGAGCUUAUUACUGUAUACACCGUACCAGGAAUGGACCCUGAUUGGUUGAUUGGAGAACGAGGGAACCAAAAGGGCAAAGUCCCUGUCACCUACCUUGAACUGCUGAGCUAAUGGACCAAACAACAGGAGACACACACACACACACACACACACACACACUUUUUUUUUCUUUUAGUUAAGGUAUUUUGAUCCGUGGCUAUCUAAAACAUUUAUGCAAACCUGUCUGUUGGGAAUGUUUCUAUAAAUACAGAUUGCAACCAACGCGUUUUAGAAUUCCCCUUAUUCCAGUAAUGUGUGGGUGAGUUUAAUGAGACCACUUUUAAAGCUUCACUCCCUCAUUUUGUUAACUGUGCAAUUUGGGUGUUUUUGUG